AUGGGCCCUUCACAAUCUGGUGACUACCGAGCAGGCCUUGCGCCACCUCCUAAAGACUUGCGGCCUCAGACGGAAGAUGUGACUGCUACGCAGGGCUCAUCAUUUGACGACUUCGCUCUCACCCGCGAGGUGCUUAUGGGUAUCUACGAGGCUGGCUUCGAGCAGCCGAGUCCUAUUCAAGAAGAGGCGAUCCCCAUGGCCCUCACUGGGCGCGACAUUCUUGCGCGCGCCAAGAACGGUACCGGUAAGACUGGUUCGUUCGUGAUUCCUACCAUCAACCGCGUCAAUCCUUCCCUCCCACACAUUCAAGCAGUCAUCCUCGUCCCAACGCGAGAGCUUGCGCUGCAGACGUCGCAAGUCUGCAAGACGUUAGGCAAACACGUCCCUGGGCUCCAGGUUAUGGUCACCACUGGCGGCACCACAUUACGAGACGACAUUCUGCGACUCCAAGAGCCUGUCCACAUUCUUGUCGGUACACCCGGCCGCAUUCUGGAUCUCGGCGGCAAGCGCAUCGCGGAUCUCUCCAAGGUUUCCAUCUUCGUCAUGGACGAGGCGGACAAGCUCCUCAGCGAGGAGUUCACUCCCGUCGUCGAGCAGUUACUCGCACUUUGCCCACAGGAGCGUCAGGUGAUGCUCCUCUCGGCCACCUUCCCCGUCCAUGUCAAAGAUUUCCGUAACCGCAACAUGGUCCAGCCUUACGAGAUCAACCUCAUGGAGGAACUCACCCUCAAGGGUGUCACCCAGUACUACGCCUACGUCGAGGAGCGUCAGAAGGUGCAUUGCCUUAACACUCUCUUCUCCAAGCUCCAGAUCAACCAGUCAAUCAUCUUCUGCAACUCUACUUCCCGCGUUGAAUUACUGGCCAAGAAAAUCACCAAGCUUGGCUACUCCUGCUUUUAUUCACACGCCAAGAUGCUCCAAAACCACCGCAACCGUGUAUUCCAUGAUUUCCGCCAAGGCAUGACCCGCAACCUUGUAUGCUCUGAUCUCCUUACCCGUGGUAUCGAUAUCCAAGCCGUCAAUGUUGUAAUCAACUUCGAUUUCCCCCGCACUGCAGAGUCGUACCUCCACCGCAUUGGUCGUUCCGGCCGUUUCGGCCACCUUGGUCUUGCCAUUUCACUCCUCACUUACGAGGACCGUGCCAACCUGUACCGCAUUGAGAACGAGCUGGGCACCGAGAUUCAGCCGAUUCCCGCUGUCAUUGAUCCCGUUCUCUACGUCGCUCCCUCUAUGCCCGACGAGCAGCCUUCUCCCCCAUCGAGGUCGGCUCCCCGGCAAGUUGUGCAGCCACCCCCGUCGGCGCCGCAGCAGCAGGCCCCCCCGGCCACCCGGCAGUCGCACCUCCCUCCGAUCGCUCAGCCUGCGGCGCACCCCCCACCCAGCAUCGCCCAACAGUACGGGCUCCAGCACAACACCAACAGCACGCAGCAGUCGCCGCCACCACAGCAGGCCAAUUACAUUCAGCCUCCGCAUCAGCAGCAGCCGUCGCCGUCGCAGCAGCAGCCAGACGGUGCUCCACGGUCGCAUGACAACUCGCGCCCCAACAGCUCGCACCGUGGCCGUGGCCAGGGGCAGCCUCGUGGGCAGGGUGGGCGUGGACCUCGUGGCACCGGCCAGCCGCAACCCCAACACGCCGGUGGCCGAGGCGGGCGCCAAGGCCAGCCACAGCAGCAGCAGCAGCAGCAGCAGCAGACCGCGACCGCUGCUCGCGCCUCCUAA